AUGACGCGGGUCGGGAUUGAACCCUUGGUAUUCCGCUCCUCCAGGCAGACACUGUAUCAGCUAAAACCACAGAGACGGGACCGUGGGGGUAGCUUAGUGGUUAAAGUAUUCGCUUGUUACGCCAAAUCGACCCGAGUUCGAUCUCCCAAAGGGAUGUUGCUAGGAGGGGAAAGCUACAUCUACCACUGCAAGUUGAUGAUGAAGGGAAGCCAUGACUGGGGCAAGUUUCUCUGGCAUCAGGACUAUGGCUAUUGGUACAAGAACUGCUGCCUAUUUCCGGACAUGCUCAGUGUCUUCCUUCCCGUUGACCGUUCUGUGAAGGAAAACGGCUGCCUUGAAAUCCUGAGGGGUCCCACCGAUAAUGGUGGUAUCGAACAUCUGAUGGGGGGACAGACAGGGGCUGACUUGGAGAGAGGGUCGCGGAAGUCAGGAGGAUGUGUCGACACAAGUAUAUAG